AUGGCAGAUGCAACUGAUCUCAACAACCUCGACCAAUGGCAACCGGCCACCACGACGACGGCAAGCGAGGGGCCGUUGUUGAAUAUAGACUAUAGGACGUGGCAUCGUGACUCGCACGAAUUGUACGACUACGAGAGUUUGAAUAUCUUCCGUGGUCGGCACAGUACGCGGCGAAGUGUGCGUGUUAUACGGAGUGGUACGGACGUUAUCUUGGAUGAGGAUGCGACAAACUUGCCUGCGCAGGGUGACUUCCUAUUAGGUGUGAAAGCUAAGGAUGGCAAGUUCAUCAUUUUCCCAGCUGACAGAAGUGUGCAGUAUCCUCAGACCAUAAUGCCGCGGAAGUUAUGGUUGAUAACGAGAUACCUGCCUAACUCCUUGUACCCAUUGUCGGAGGGUGACGUGAUAAAACUGGGUCGGUUCAAAUUGCGCGUUAAGCAGAUAGUAUCCGAAGACCGUCCUAACACUUUAGUGGACUGGCGGUUAGACGACUCCGAGUUUCCGGUGGCGGAACUCUCACCCGAAGAAGCACUCAACACUCAGUGCCGGAUUUGUCUUACCGAAGGCGCCGAAGAAAAUAACCCCCUUGUUAGAGCAUGCCAUUGCAAAGGUAGCAUCAUGUACGUACACCUUGAGUGUCUGCGGCAGUGGGUUAAUGGCAGACUUAACCUUUCGGAAGAUCUCAGCCGAGCAUGCUGCUUCGUUAGACAGAUACAAUGCGAACUCUGCAAGGCUACCUUCCCUUCAUUCGUCACAUCCAAAGGCGAAAGACUACCUGUCGUCAAAAUACCACAACUACAAUCACCUUUCAUCGUAUUAGAGAACAUGGUAGGACCUGUUAACAAAGGUGUGCACCUCUGCAGCCUCGCCCAAAAAAAAGAAUGCAAACUCGGUCGAGGACAUGAGAGCGACGUGAGAAUAGCGGACGUUUCAAUUUCUAGAUGGCAUGCCACUAUAAAGUAUUCAGAAGGCCAAUUUAAUUUGGAAGACCACAGCUCUAAAUUUGGCACUCUCGUGGCCCUCAGGCGGCCCGUCAUAAUGGAUAGCUUAGUUGAGAGAUUGUCAGUGCAGAUUGGCAGAACAGUUAUGGACCUGGGAGUCAGCGGGAGCAGUGAGGCUGCAACCGAGUUGUCCGGUGUGCCGGCCAACGCGCUCCGGAGCUCGGUACUUGAUCAUGAGAUGGAGCCCGAUUGGCAUGAAUAG